AUGGCGGCAUCCGUUCUGAGCGGUCCCUCUGCGGGCUCGGCGGCCUGCGUUCCCGGUGGAACCGGGGGUCUCUCGGCGAUGAGUUCCGGUCCGCGUCUCCGCCUGUUGCUUCUGGAGAGCGUGUCAGGAUUGCUACAGCCUCGGACGGGGUCCACUGUUCCUUCCGUACAUCCCCCUGUCCGCCCGGUCCCACAUUUGCCUGGGCUCUUGUGCCUGUUGCAGCUCCAUGGGACGGUGGGCGGGGCCCAGAACCUUUCAGCUCUGGGAGCAUUGGUGGGUCUCAGUAAUGCACGUCUUGGUUCUGUCAAAACUCGGUUUGAGGGCUUGUGUCUGUUGUCCCUGCUGGUGGGAGAGAGCCCUACAGAGAUGUUCCAGCAGCACUGUGUCUCCUGGCUCCGGAGCAUUCAGCAAGUCUUACAGUCCCAGGACCCAGCGCCCACAAUGGAGUUGGCUGUGGCCAUUCUGAAGGACCUGCUCCGCUAUGCAGCCCAGCUUCCUACACUUUUCCGGGACAUCUCCAUGAACCACCUUCCUGGCCUUCUCACGUCCCUGCUGGGCCUUAGGCCCGAGUGUGAACUCUCAGCAUUGGAAGGAAUGAAGGCUUGUAUGAUCUAUUUUCCUCGGGCUUGUGGUUCUCUGAAAGGCAAGCUGGCUUCCUUCUUCCUUUCUCGAGUGGAGGCCCUGAGCCCCCAUCUGCAGCAGUUGGCAUGCGAAUGUUACUCUAGGUUGCCCUCCUUAGGGGCUGGCUUUUCGCAGGGCCUGAAGCACACAGAGAGCUGGGAGCAGGAGCUGCAUUGCCUGCUGGCCUCAUUGCAUAGCCUGCUGAGCACACUGUAUGAGGGAGCAGAGGCAGCUCCUGUGCAGUAUGAAGGGCCUGGGGCAGAUUUGCUGCUCUCUCCGUUAGAAGAUGGUGAUGCCCAUGCUCUCCUCAGACUUCGGCAGAAGUUUUCUGGACUGGCCCGCUGCCUGGGGCUCAUGCUCAGCUCUGAGUUUGGGGCUCCUGUGUCUGUCCCUGUGCAAGAAAUCCUGGAUCUCAUCUGUCGGACCCUCAGUGUUAGUGGCAAGAAUAUUAGCUUACUUGGAGAUGGCCCUUUGCGGUUGCUGCUGUUGCCCUCCAUUCACCUUGAAGCCUUGGAUCUGCUUUCUGCCCUCAUCCUUGCGUGUGGAAGCCGCCUCUUACGCUUUGGGGGCUUGAUCAGUCGCCUGCUCCCCCAGGUCCUCGGUGCCUGGAGCAUGGGCAGGGAUACCCUCUCCUCAGGUCAAGAGAGACCUUACAGCAUCGUGCGGGCCAAAGUAUACGCUGUGCUGGAGCUGUGGGUCAAGGUGUGUGGUGCCUCAGCCGGCGUGCUCCAGGGAGGAGCUUCAGCAGAGGCCCUGCUCACCCACCUGCUCAGUGACAUCUCUCCCCCAGCCGACGCCCUUAAGCUGCGUAGUCCUCGGGGAAGUCCCGAUGGGGCUUUGCAGACUGGAAAGCCCAGUGCCCCCAAGAAACUGAAGCUGGAUGUUGGGGAGCCAGUGGCCCCGCCCAGUUACCGGAAAGGGGACAGCAAUGCUAACAGUGAUGUGUGUGCAGCAGCUCUGAGAGGCCUCAGCCGGACCAUACUUUUAUGUGGGCCUCUCAUCAAGGAGGAGACUCACAGGAGACUGCAUGAUCUGGUGCUGCCCUUGGUCAUGGCUGUUCAGCAGGGUGAAGUCCUGGGCAGCUCCCCAUAUACCAGUUCUCAUUGUCGCCGGGAACUUUACCAGCUGCUACUGGCGCUGCUGUUAGCACCUUCGCCUCGGUGUCCACCUCCUCUGGCCUGUGCCCUGCAGGCCUUCUCCCUUGGCCAGCGAGAAGACAACCUCGAGGUCUCCUCCUUCUGCUCAGAAGCACUGGUGACUUGUGCUGCCUUGACACACCCUCGAGUCCCUCCCCUGCAGUCCAUGGGCCCCACCUGCUCCACACCUGCCCCCGUCCCCCUUCCGGAGGCUCCAUCCCCUUUCAGGCCCCCACCCUUUCAUCCCACAGGCACCAUGCCUUCAGUGGGCCCCAUGCCCUCGGUGGGCUCCAUACCCACAGCAGGCUCCAUGCCCACAGCAGGCCCCAUCCCCUCUGUGCGCCCUGGACCACCAGCCACAACCAACCACCUCGGCCUCUCUGUCCCAGGCCUUGUGUCUGUGCCACCUCGGCUCUUGUCUGGCCCUGAGAACCAUCGAGCAGUCCCAGAUGAGGACCCAGUCCUUGCUCCAUCUGGCAGUCCCCCUCCUUCUGUGCCCUCCGAUGAGACAUUUGGGGGGAGAGUGCCCAGACCAGCAUUUGUUCACUAUGAUAAAGAGGAGGCAUCUGAUGUGGAGAUCUCCUUAGAGAGUGACUCUGAUGACAGUGUGGUGAUUGUGCCUGAGGGGCUCCCACCACUCCCACCUCCACCUCCCUCAGGCACCACACCUCCCCCGGUGGCCCCAGCUGGACCAUCAUCAGCUGCCUCCCCUGUGCCAGCCAAGGAGGAACCAGAAGAGCUUCCUGCAGCCCCAGGGCCUCUUCCACCACCCCCUCCCCUUCCUGUUCCUGGUCCAAUAACGCUCCCACCACCACAGUUGGUCCCUGAAGGAACGCCUGGUGGAGGAGGACCCCCAGCUUUAGAAGAAGAUUUGACAGUCAUUAAUAUCAACAGCAGUGAUGAGGAGGAGGAGGAGGAGGAAGAAGAAGAGGAGGAGGAAGAGGAGGAAGAAGAGGAGGAAGAGGACUUUGAAGAAGAAGAUGAAGAAGAGUAUUUUGAAGAGGAAGAAGAGGAGGAGGAAGAGUUUGAGGAAGAAUUUGAGGAGGAAGAAGGUGAAUUAGAGGAAGAAGAAGAGGAGGAGGAUGAGGAAGAGGAAGAAGAGUUGGAAGAGGUAGAAGAACUGGAGUUUGGUUCAGCAGGAGGGGAGGUGGAAGAAGGUGAACCUCCACCGCCUGCGCUGCCUCCAGCUCUGCCCUCCUCCGAGUCUCCCAAGGCACAGCCUGAGCCCGAACCUGAGCCAGGACUGCUGUUGGAAGUGGAGGAGCCAGGAGCAGAAGACGACCAUGGGGCUGAGAUGGCCCCCACCCUAGCCCCGGAGGUCCUGCCCUCCCAGGGAGAGGGGGAAAGGGAAGGAGGAAGCCCUUCAGCAGGGCCACCACCUCAGGAGCUUAUUGAAGAAGAGCCUUCUGCCCCGCCACCCCUGCUGGAAGAGGGGACUGAGAAUGGGGGUGACAAAGCACCCCCACCCCCGGAGACAUCUGCUGAGGAGGAGAUGGAGACAGAGGCAGAGACGGAGGCAACAGCAGCUCAUGAGGAAAAGGAGCAGGAUGACACAGCUGCCAUGCUGGCUGACUUCAUUGAUUGUCCCCCUGAUGAUGACAAGCCACCACCUGCCACGGAGCCUGAUUCUUAG